AGCACUGAGCUCUGAGACAGUUUCAAUACUUUUAUACACUUUCUCGCCGCUUCUACGAAUUAAACUGAGAAUGGCCGACGAAGAGGUUGCUGCUUUGGUUGUGGACAAUGGCUCCGGUAUGUGCAAGGCCGGUUUUGCAGGGGACGAUGCUCCCCGUGCAGUGUUUCCAUCCAUCGUCGGUCGCCCAAGACAUCAGGGUGUGAUGGUUGGUAUGGGUCAGAAAGACUCGUAUGUCGGCGAUGAAGCUCAGAGCAAGCGAGGUAUUCUGACUCUGAAAUAUCCCAUUGAGCACGGCAUCGUAACCAAUUGGGACGACAUGGAGAAGAUCUGGCAUCACACGUUUUACAACGAGCUUCGUAUCGCCCCUGAGGAACACCCAGUUUUGUUGACAGAAGCUCCCCUCAACCCAAAAGCCAACAGAGAAAAGAUGACACAGAUUUUCUCUUUAAUGCAGAAGGAAAUCACUGCUCUGGCUCCACCCACGAUGAAGAUCAAGAUCAUUGCUCCUCCUGAGCGUAAAUACUCUGUGUGGAUCGGAGGAUCGAUCUUGGCGUCACUGUCCACCUUCCAACAGAUGUGGAUUUCCAAGCAAGAAUAUGAUGAAUCUGGUCCCUCCAUUGUUCACCGAAAGUGCUUCUAAGAAGUGUUUGAGAAUUUCAUUGGCACAAAAUCUGUGAAAAAAAUGGGGAUAAAUUAUUAACUCCACAGCUUAAUUGUAAUUUCCUUGACUCUGAGUAGUUGUUUUUCCGGUAUAAAACAGAAAAUAAAGAUGCAUUUUUCCUA